AUGUCGUCUCCUUCGAGCUCUUCCCAUGCCGGGAAGCGCAAGCGCCCCACCACGGCGGCCUCGACGCAGAUGGACGAGAACCAGCUUCUCCAGAACUCGUCGCGCGACGCUUCGGGCGAGGAGGGCGACACCACCGCUCCGGAGUCCGGCAGGCUAACCCACCGAAAGACGGACUCGACUGCCAACGCGAACCCUUCUAAGAGACAACGCGCCAAUUCAGACCGGACUGCUGCACCGGAAUCCGUCGACCAGACCGUCGACCCCGGCGAGCCCAGCGACACCACCGAAGCCAGCGUCGACAUCGCCAACCGCGUCGGCAGGAAGAGCAAGAAGACGGCCGCCUUCAGGGAUGAGGCUGAAGAUGCCACCAUGGCGCCGCCGCCCAUUGGCAAGCUGACACAUCCAGUUGGCUACAAGACAAACGACCCCCCUGCUGGGCGGCCCGUGAGAGUCUAUGCCGACGGUGUGUUCGACUUGUUCCAUCUGGGACACAUGCGCCAGCUCGAGCAGGCCAAGAAGGCCUUCCCCGACGUGUAUCUGCUUGUCGGUGUCACGGGCGACGAGGAGACACACAGACGCAAGGGCCUGACAGUGCUGUCUGGCAUGGAGCGAGCCGAGACCGUCCGGCACUGCAAGUGGGUGGACGAGGUCAUUGAGAACUGCCCUUGGAUCGUCACGCCCGAGUUCCUCGAGAAGCACCAGAUCGACUACGUUGCGCACGAUGAUCUUCCCUACGGUGCCGACGAGGGUGACGACAUCUACAAGCCCAUCAAGGAGGCUGGAAAGUUCUUGGUCACUCAGCGGACCGAGGGUGUCAGCACCACGGGCAUCAUCACAAAGGUCGUGCGUGACUACGAGAAGUACAUUGCCCGCCAGUUCAAGCGUGGCGCUUCGCGUCAAGAACUCAACGUCAGCUGGCUGAAGAAGAACGAGCUGGACCUGAAGCGGCACGUCCAGGAUCUUCGCGAUAACAUCCGCUCGAACUGGACCACUACCGGCCAAGAACUGAGCAAGGAGCUGCGCCAGUACUGGCCCGCAAGCAGGCCACAGAGCCCGGCUCCUAGCCUCCGACUCGCUCCUCCUACUACACCUGGUCCCAAUGGCGAGCUUAACUUGCGCGAGGCGGCCGCGAUGGCCAAUGCUGCCAAGUCGCCUACAACCCCUGGCGAGCGGGUUGCUAACGAAUUCAUCAGCGGCUACACGCUGGGAUUGAUCGGUGGUGUCAAGUCUUGGAUGACGAAGAACCGCAGAACUGUGCCGGACAGCAGCCGUCCACCCAGCGACGAUGAGUCGGAAGGAAGCGAUGGUAAUGGACAGGAACGCGGCAGAAAGCCAGCGGCUUCAAGUUCGAGUUUAGCUUAA